AUGGAGCACGCACCUGUGCACGCGUAUGUAAUCGAGGUUUGUUUCCUUAUCCCCCUACAGAUCCUAGUUGCCAACAAUGGAAUCGCCGCCGUGAAGUGUAUGCGUUCCAUUCGAAGUUGGGCUUACGCCACCUUUCGAAACGCCGAGGCCUUCUUCUUCGUCUGUAUGGCCUCACCGGAGGACAUCCAAGCGAAUGCAGAGUACAUAAAAAUGGCCAACAAGAUGGUCAUGGUUCCAGGUGGUUCCAACCUCAAUAACUACGCCAAUGUGGAGCUCAUCUUCCAGACAGCCGUUGCUAAUCACGUUGACGUAUGUAUUGACUUCUCUUCUUUUGUCGGCUACGAUGCUUGUAGUAAUUCACUUUCACUACAUUUUUGAGCAGUAAUCCGUUCUUCGCUUGACGUUUCGGAUUCUCACUUGAAUCCAUCAUCAGAGACAGUAACAGAUCAACUAGUUCCUAGAACUCGCAUCUUCGCUUGUAUCAGUAAUCCGUUCUGUUCGACACAGUGCCAUAGUCCACCGCACCACUGGAGCAUACAACAGAAAAACAUAUGCGC